AUGCCCACUUUUGCACCUAGCUCCUGGUCAUUAUUCUCAGUAGACCUAGCAGAAGAUGCCAAUGAACUUGAGGGAGAGGAGGCUGAAGUAGAGUUGGUAGCGGAGGAUGGACUAGGUGACGAGGGACUUGAACCCGAAGAGGACGGCCCAGAGCUGCUGCCUGAGGAGUGCGACCCGGAGCUUCUACCGUCGAAAUUCGGGCCGGAGGAGCCACCACCGGUGGAAGAUGACGACGAUGUUCAGCGGCGGACCUAA